UUAAAAAUGGGACGUCGCUCCUCGGACACAGAAGAAGAGAACAAAAGCAGAAGGAAAAAGAAACACCGCAGGCGUUCGUCUUCAAGUAGCUCCUCAGACAGCAGAACAUACAGCCGUAAAAAAUCUGGAAGGAAAUCAAGGUCAAGGUCACGGUCUCGAGAUCUCCAGUCUCGUUCACAUUCUUAUGAGAAAAGACGCAGACACAGAUCGAGCAGUAGUUCUUCAUAUGGUUCUAGAAGAAAACGCAGUCGUAGCCGAUCAAGGGGCAGAGGCAAAUCCUACAGGUCUCAAAGAUCGAGAUCAAAAAGUAGAACAAGAAGAUCACGAUCAAGACCUCGUCAACGUUCUUAUAGUCGAAGUAGUGAAAGAUCCAGUCAUAGGAGAACUCAUAGCGGGUCUCGUGAAAGAGAGCGGCGUAAAGGCAGAGAGAAAGAAAAAAUAAAAGAGAAGGGCAAAGGAAAAGAAAAGGAGAUAUAUGGCACGAAGCAUGGGGACUCUGGAAACAUCAAAGCUGGAUUCGAACAUCUGACUCCUGCUGACCAAGCGAAAGCUAGAUUACAGCUGGUUCUUGAGGCAGCUGCUAAGGCAGAUGAAGCAUUAAAGGCUAAAGAGAGAAGUGAGGAAGAAGCGAAGAAAAGAAAGGAAGACGACCAAGCCACCCUAGUAGAGCAAGUGAAACGAGUAAAAGAAAUUGAAGCUAUUGAAAGUGACUCCUUUGUUCCACAGACAUUCAGAUCAAGUAAAGAAGUCAAAAAGUCAGCAGAGCCUACUGAACUACAGUACGAACCUGUAACUAUCGGAGUGGGAACUGUUGAUGCAUCUGCUCCUGAAAAAGAAGCACCACCUGCCAAUAUCCCUACUGCCAUCAAAUAUCAAGAUGAUAAUUCUUUAGCACAUCCAAAUCUGUUUAUUGAGAAGGCAGAAGCAGAAGAGAAGUGGUUUCAGAGGCUGAUUGCUCUUCGGCAAGAAAGGCUGAUGGGCAGUCCGGUGGCCUGAGUGAACUGCUGUGACCAUCACAUACUAGUUCUCCACGAAUGCUAAGAAAUCCUACCAUGAAAUUGUUUUAUUUUUCUCUUUUGAGGGGAUUUUAACAGUUAGUAUGAGUUGUACAGAGAAUAAAUGUUUCAUCUGAAUGAACAAGAAUGUUCUAUCCUCCGUUUUUCUUCCGAGCUCAUUGCUGGGUGACUUGUAUCGCUGAGCUUCCCACUGUAGAUGGGAAGGCUAUCGGAGCAGUGUAAUUUUCUUUUUUUGUACUGAAUUCCUCUGGGGUGCAAAAAACUUGACCAAAUCAAAAAAAUAUAUAUAACCAUGUAGCAGUUUAAAGAUAAAUGAAAAAAUAAGACUGUCAAAGUUCAGAUUUACCAGCGCUCAGACAGUAGGAGUACAAGCGAUACCGCCCGGGGCCAUUACAUCUUCUGCGGCUGGAGGAGGAUUCAGGGCAAAUGAUAUCGCUGUUAUCUCUUCUUCCUUCCGUUCUGCACUGCGGUAGCAGCUUCUGAAUCCCAAACAUCUGUGGACAGUCUCCUUGCUGAGGGGCUCUGCUAAAUUGAUGCAUAAUUUAGUAACAACAAAUUUGUAAAGUUUUCAGCAGGUUUCAAGAAAUAUUAUUUUCUGAGCAAUUUUAAGCACAUUAAAUUAUUCGGUAAUCUGGAAAAGACAGCUUUCUAUGAACUUUUAAUGGGAAAUAUAAAUAUUAUUGUGUGUAAUGGUACAGACCUUUGUCAAACAAGACUAAUGGCAUACCUAUUUCUGUAUGAAGCGACUGCUUUCAGUCUAUGAAGCUUCCAUUUGUCCAGGUUUGACUUUAAAAUAAUAAAAGAUUAGUCCUAUUGGAACAUAUUGAACUUAUCCUGAGUAUACUUAUAAAAAAAAAUCUGUCCAUCAUCCAACUAAAUGCCAGAAAUCAACCAAAUAAAAUACAAAAGUAUUUCUUCUGAGGUAUCUAGCAAAACUGUGAGAAAACUAUUAAAUAAGUAGAAGACUAAAAUAAGCCCCCCACCUCUGGACAUACCUCAUUGGAAACUACCUGCAUCAGCUUUCCCGUGUGAAUGAAGAAAUUCAUUUUGUGUUGCUUUUCCUUGUUCUCAGAUCUGUGGUGAAAAAAAAAAGUGGAGGAUGAUUCUGGAAAUGUACUUUGGUUGUCUUAUUUUUUUUAGAUCGCUGACGUAAAAGGAAAAAGUAUUAAAUUUGCAUUCUAACGCAUUUUUACGUUUUCUUUAUGAACAGUGUUAGUUUUACUUGGUCCUGCAUUAAAAUGGUUCUCUGUGUUUCAAGACUACCUUGUCUGCAACAAAAGUGGUAAAAAAUUGUUUCCUUUGUUUCAUUUCAGCAUUUUCAAAUGGUAAAUGUUUGUCAUUGUUCUCUCUUCUAAUCUCCUUCUGUGUUUCUUUCAUAGCAAAUAAAAAUUAUUUGAUGUCCAUG